AUGACUGAUAAUAACGUCAUAAAUCGAAUUCAAAGUGCAAGAAUUUUGCUACGUAAAUAUGGGGGACGACUACGAUCGAAAAGAUUCUUAUGGCAUCAAGUUGUUAAUUCUGAUUAUUCUGGCAAGAUUGGAUUGACUAUUGUAUAUAAUAUGAAAAAUAACGUGGUGUAUGGUACAAGCCGUGAUACGAUACCACGUGAACUAUUAGAAUUACCUGUAGACAAAUUUACCAAAGGCCUUAUAAUGUGGGGAGCCAUUAGUAGCCGUGCAUUAAUACCAAAAGAUGGGCCAAUCUUUAUCGAUGAAUUUUUGGAUGAAUAUCAAUGGGAUCGUAAUAAAAAAAGAACAUUGAACGGUCAAAGAUAUAUUGAUUUAUUGCAGGAAAGGAUAAUACCUUCUAUUGAACAAAUUUAUCCUAAUAAUGAUUAUAUUUAUCAAGAUGAUUGUGAUUCAAUUCAUCAUUCGAAAGAUGUAUUGGAAUUUAUUGAAAAAAAUAUCUCCGAUCGAAUCAUGCCUAUGGAAAGCGUUUGGUCUAUAAUUCGAACGAAGUUAAUGAAAAAGGAUUAUCAAGAUUUAUCUCACGUCAAAACAGAAAUCAUGAAAAUUUGGAAGAAUUUUGACAUCAGCUUAUGUUUUCGAAUGAUGUCGAGUAUACCAAAAAGAUUACAAGCAGUGAUCAAACAGGAUGGUCGAUGA